AGGUUGUGAUUGCUGACGGCUAGUACUAGUACUAGUUGUACUUGAGGCUGCUGAAUAUCAUGAUCUUUUCUUCUUGUAAUUGAUCAUAUCUACGAUACUACAGAGCUUAUUAUUACACCUUACAGACUCAUAAAAACUCUACGAUAUUGUACCAUUUCUCAGUUAACGCGAUCCCAGACCUCGUCGCGUUGUUUCUGCUGCCUGCUAGCACUAGCGUAGCCUCCACUCAACCUCCAAGUCCGGGAGCGCAGUCCACCGCUCACCGGCGUUGUGAUCUGAUCCGGUGCCGCGGCCGCGACAAGUACAAGCGACAUCCUGACAUGGAGACUUCGAUAUCUCAUUGUAUUUUUCUUCUCUUCACGACGACCCUGCUGGUUGCUACCAAUGGCUAUAAGCCGGUUAUUAUCAUCCAUGGGAUGCUGGACGGAGCACCAGAAAUGCACUUCAUGCAUGAUAUGAUCAUAAAGGCACAUCCUGGUACAAACAUCACAAUCCCAAAUGCCUACAGUUACAAAAGGAGUCUAGAACACCUAUGGGAUCAGGUCCCAGCAUACAAAAAGGCUAUUCAAGAUGUGAUCAAUGAAUCCCCUGAUGGUGUGAAUAUGGUCUGCUACUCACAAGGUGGUCUGAUGUGUAGAGCUAUCAUUGAGAAAUUGGACAACCAUAAUGUGGAGAAUUUGAUCCUUCUUUCAUCUCCACAAAUGGGUCAAUUUGGAGUUCCAUAUAUGCCUAACUUACAUACAAGUUAUGUUCCUGAACUUCCAAGUACUCGCACCGAGGUCUACAGGAUUUGCUAUGAUCUCAGGGCUAUAGGACAACUGAUCUCUGUCUGUGAAUAUUGGAAUGAUCCAUACCACCAACCAGAGUAUUUAAGGAGCUCAGAUUUCCUUGCAGUAAUCAAUAAUCAAAGUGCUCAUAGCGAGAGUCAACAAUGGCGUAAGAACUUCUUGAGGUUGAAGAAUGUUGUGAUGAUAGGUGGUCCAGAUGAUGGUGUUAUAACCCCUUGGCAAUCAAGUCACUUUGCUACAUAUGACAAGAACCUGAACAUCACAGAAAUGAAAGACCAAGAGGUGUACCUGAAAGACUACUUUGGCUUGAAGACAUUAGAUGCUCGCGGGGGGUUGCACACCUAUGGUAUCGCUGGGGUCAUUCAUACCUUCUGGCAUCGCAACCAGACAGUCUUUGAUUGCUGCAUUGAGCAGUUCUUGACAUAGCAGUGUUUCCCCCUUGGCAAUCAUUUACCAAAGAUUCUUUCACCGAACAGCAUGUAUACACACAUGCAUCAUGAUCUCAUAUAGUGCCAUAUUACAUAUACACAUGUAGGUGUAAACUCAUCAAUCUGAUUACAAGAUGACUUCAUUUCUGCACUACAUCUAGCUUAAGAUAUUUGAAAUCUUGAUAUUGUAUGGAAAGAGAAGUAUAUACUCUUAUGUAAUGUUGGUUGUAGGGUGUAUUUGAUAAGGCAAGGCUGUGUAUGAGAAUGAAUGAGCAUGUUGACAUUUUUAAGCCUACUUAUCGAAAGAAGGAUUACUAAUGAAAGAUGUGUUUUGGGCAAUCAUUCAGCACUAUCAUGAAUGCCAUACAUAUAUCUGUCAAUGGUCACUUGGCGUGAUUCAUCAGUUUCGAGAUGACAUCAAAGAAGUUUGGCAUAGGUCAUUAUAGGCAUCUCUGCAUCGUGUAUGACAUUUACCUACCGUAAUUCUUUUUACUAUUCCAUCCCCUAAUAAAAAUCACUCAUUAUAACUAUCAACUUAGUAAUUACCACAAUUUUUUUUUUUCAUCAAUGGUAUUUAAAAAUGUUUGCCUAGAAGAUGUCCAGAUGUACAUUUUUUUCCUAUGCAAUAUGACCCAAAAGCUGAGAUUUCGGAGUAACAUAUCAGUGAAACUUUGAGAAAAUAUGAUGAAAA